UACUCUCUUCAGGAUUGCCGAGUAUCAACGAGGAGACGAAGAGACGGAGGGGAGUCUUGGAGGGAGAUAUUCCUUGGGGCAGAUGAACAUGUGGCUGUAAAGCCUCAGCAAUUCCCACACUCCAGAUGAAAGCCUCUAUCAGGUCUAACACUCAACCUCGAGGAGUCUCCCACCGACAAUCCCUUGGAAGCCUCAAGAAACCAGACUCCUUCGCAAAUAAGAACUCCGCCCGCGAGAGAAAUCACUUGUUUCAUUCCGUGGAAGUGAGAGAGAGCCCCCCAUGGCCAAGUUCGCAGCCCAGGGGAACCUCAGGCUGCUCUUCAAGGGGGACGGCGCUUCUUAUUGGUGGGAACUGAGAGACUCGGUUCGGGUCGGGGUUGGUGGGGGAAGGGGGCUUCUUGAGAGCCCUCUUGGGAUCCACAGGUGGAGCAGAGGGGUGAAGACCCUUGGGCCUGGCAGGGUUUGGUCUCUGGGGAAUAAGAAGUCCGGCAGCUUCAAGGCUGAGAAGUGUUUGAAUGGUGAUGAUGAUGAUGAUGAUGAUUAUGAGGAGGAGAAGGAGGAGGACGAGGACGAGGAGGAGUUUGUGAGGGAUGAGCUAUCCUAUUUCAGAGGAUUGGUGUUAGACAUCUCUUAUAGGCCUAUCAAUGUUGUUUGCUGGAAGCGUGCAAUCUGUCUGGAAUUUAUGGAGAAGGCUGAUGUUUUAGAAUAUUAUGAUCAGACAGUUUCUUCUCCUCAGGGGUCCUUCUACAUUCCUGCAGUCUUGAGGGUCCCAAAUUUGCUGCAGGUUGUCAAGAGAAGAAGAAUCAAACAUAAUCUUAGUCGUAAAAGCAUUUUUUAUAGGGAUUCUUACACUUGUCAAUAUUGUUCUUCUCGUGAGAAUUUGACUAUUGACCAUGUUUUACCAAUUUCAAAAGGUGGUGAAUGGACAUGGGAAAAUCUGGUUACGGCAUGUGCAAAAUGCAACUCAAGGAAGGGUAAGAAAACUCUCGAGGAAGCAAACAUGAAGUUGAUCAAGAUCCCAAAGGCCCCCAAGGACUUCAACAUAUUCACCAUCCCCUUAACAUCAAGUGCUGCAAAAAUGCUGAAGAUGAGAAAAGGGGUGCCUGAAGAGUGGCUACAAUACCUAUCAAAGCCAAGUCCUUGAUCAUGAUGUUAGUCAUUUCCACUGCUCAAUAAGUAGCUCCCGGCUUGCUGUGGGUGCCACUCUCUCGCUAAAUUGUACACCAGAAAUCCAUUCCUAUAAUAUUAGGUCUUAUGCACUUCAUGGUAUUCUUGACACCCCA